AUGGACAACUUGGAGUUGGUAGUUUCAUUUGUAGAUGACAGUCACUUUAUUCUUGUCAACAUUGGAAAGAGCACUGACACGCUACAACAAAUGGCAGUGCUUUCUUCCGGCAAGAAAAGGAAAUUAAAACGGCAAAGAAUUGAGGAAAAGAAGUCUCGGGCUCACAGGAGUUGGAAGUUUGAUACUACAGAAACCGGUGUGGCAGACUCACAGCCGUCAACCAGUGGCACUUCUGCAGAGGAGUAUGUCAAAAUGUUGCCAAGGUGGCAGCUGGAAAAGUCACUUCUGGCUGUAACGAAUCAUGACGUCACCAAAAUCCAGGAGACUGCGGCAGCGGCAGCGGCAGCGGCAGCAGCAGCAGGAGGAGACCCUGAUGGGACGCCACAACCACCAGCAUUUUGCCAGUGUGGCAACUGUGUGGACAUGCCCACACAGCUGGAACAGCUCUGCUGCAGGAAAUCACGUGGGUUAUGUGUAACUGUGGUGGCAGAAUUUGCCACCAUAUGCCUGAACAGAGCUGUUUUAGCGGUCGCUCUGUGCUACAGAGAAGACUUGCUCUGUCUACCAGAAGCACGAACCAACGAUGCAAUGCGCCAUGCGGCGUAUCGCCAGUUUGUAUACUGGAGAAUGGGUUCAACCGGUAAGGGACGAGUCGUGAUACCAUCAUGUGUUGUGAAUUCCAUUCGAAAUUCUCAUCCAUCAGAAAAUGAUCAUUAUACCGGAUUCCGUGUAGGAGCAGUUUCUACUAUUCGGCAACAUACUUUCGAUUAAGAAUAUACUUUCAACUAACGUCAACUUGUGUGGCAACAGUAAAUGCUAAGGCAGAUUCAUCAGUGUUACAAGGCAUAACGGUAUCACCACUUGUCUUCACUUAGCAGUUGAACCCAUUCUACACCGACAUGCUGCACAGCGAUAACAGUUUAUGUACGACUUAUCGUUAUCCUUUUCUAGAUUAUAUACGAACACGAUUUUAUCUGAGAAAAUCAAUAAUAUACAAAUGUUAAAUUUACGGGUCCUAUCUGUCACAUGUAUAGAGUUGCGUGAAAUGGCCAUCUUGUCACGUGGUCUCGUUGUAGCGCCGUUUCCUGCAAUUGAUGUACAGAUGUAAAUUAGUUAUAUUCAUGUCAAAGUAAAUAUUGCAGCAUAUUUAUAUAAACUGAAAACAUUGUUUAGUAGCAUAUAAUCUAUUUCUUUUAACGUUUGGAGUAUAUAAUAAUUACCAUGGAAUGUUUGCAUUUCCAAAUUAUUAUUUCUCAGGAAUGUACCCUUCCCCUUGAGAUAUAUUGUUUGUUUAAUGAUUUUUCUAUAAAUGCCCUUUAUGAUAUGUUAAAAUCACUUGCAUAUAAUUAUAUGGGUAUUUUUUUAAUUAAAAAUUUAAGCAAG